UUGACGUCAUUUGCGUCGUUUUGCUUCUAUUGUACGUAUCUCGUACCGUAAAAGAAAAAAUAUUUUCAUUUCUCUUGGAGAUGUAACGUUUGUUGUUCUCGUGCCGUAUUUUUUUCUUUCCGUAUGAUACGUCUCGUGCGCAUCGGUUUCUUUUUCGUUUAGUUUAUAUAGUGUUUAAAAUAAUUUAUCCCACAUUGACAUUUUCGUUUACUCGAUAAAAUCGCGUACUUGUCGCCAUAAGAACAAUUGUAGCUAAACAUCUCCCGUCAAAAUGAGUAUGCCGGAAUUAGGAAGCAAGAUCAGCCUAAUAUCAAAGGCCGAUAUUAGGUAUGAGGGUAAACUGUUCACAGUCGACCCACAGGAAUGUACCAUUGCCUUGUCUCACGUACAAUCUUUUGGAACAGAGGAUCGUCCUACAGAAUUUAAGGUUCCAGCACAAAGUCAAAUAUAUAACUAUAUAUUAUUUCGUGGCUCCGAUAUUAAAGAUAUUAAAGUUAUCACUCCUCAAAUAGCUCUUAAUGAUCCUGCUAUUGUACAGCUAUCGGUACCUCCAAAUAAUAUGGGUGGCUUUAAUGCUAAUUAUCAAUCUAUGGAUGAACUAGGUUCAGUCAAUCAGGUUGGAAACUCUUAUAACCCUAUGUCCGGUGUGAACUUAAAUGCUGGACCAUCACAUAAGCAAGCAAGUGAGUCUCCUCUGAUUUUAGACCCACAACCAGUAAUUCAGCAGAAACAACCGAUGACUGCCCAAUCUGAUGUCCUGGAUUUAAUAUCUGGUGGUUCCCGUUCAUCUACACCUGCCCAGCCAAAUGUUUUUAAUGGUCAACGUAAUAGCCCAACUUUUGAUCAAAGUAUUCAGACUGGAAAUCAACAAAGUCCUGGAAAUGGAAGAGGAGGAAGAAACCAGCGUAAUAGAUCUACAUCUUCGUCUGAUACUCGUAAACAAGUUAGACAACAAGGACAAAAUUAUCAAAGGAAUGAUCAGCAGCAGCAUUACCAACAACGGAAUGACCAACAAUAUCAAAGGAACGAUUUUCAACAUCAGGAUAAUAAUCAACAUUUCGCUAACCGUCAAGGCGGGAAUAGGAAUAUGAACGGCCGAAAUUGGAAUAAUCACCAAAAUAAUCAGCAGCAACAGCAACAACAAGUUAGAAGACAGAAUCCGGUUCCAAAUAAUACUACGGGAGGACGUUCAUUUUAUAAUAGAUCUACUGGUCUUCCAGCUCCUAGUAAAGCACAGGGACCUAGAACAAAUUCAUUGAAAUUUGAUGAAGAUUAUGAUUUUGAUAAGGCAAAUAGUGAAUUUCAGGAGAUUAUAAAAAAACUAUCGAGAACCAAAAUAGAUGAUGGUUUAGAUGAUUCAACCGAAGAAGUUACUAUUGUAAAUGGAGCAUCAUCUGUAAAUGGUGAUUCUUUACUCCAUUUAAAUGACGGAGAACAAGUUCCCAUAAAAAAAAAUCUUCGUAUUGAAAGUGGAAAUGAAAUUGCUAUUGUAGAAAAUGAAAACGAAGGCGAUGAUGAUCAAAAAACAUUUUAUGAUAAAUCCAAAUCAUUCUUUGAUUCAAUUAGCUGUGAAGCAGUUGAAAGAAGCAAAGGACAUUCUCAAAGGACUGAUUGGCGUACGGAACGUAAAUUAAAUUCAGAGACAUUUGGUGUAGCUAUGGCAAGGCGUGGUCAAUACCACCGUGGUCGUGGAGGAUAUUAUAACAACAAUAACACUAAUUACCGUACUAAUCCAAACUCCUACAACAAUGGUAACAAUUACAAUAACAACCGUCAAGGAGUGAAUUACAACUACCGUCAACAAUCGAAUAAUGGAUACAUGCGUAAUAAUCCUGGUAACCGUGGCUAUAACUACCGUCCAAGAUCAACCAACAAACAAGAUCAACGCCAACCAAAUGCAGUAUCUCCUCAACGAGUAGCAGUAGCCUGAAGAUUCACAGUCUAAAUUUUCAAUAUUGCUGUAAAUUUAACUUACAUAAAAACAAAAAAAAAAAACAAAAAAAAGUUUAAAAAAAAUAUUUCCCAUGGAAAAAUACUUUGUAUAUAGUUUACAUUUCUUCUCUUUAUAAACCCAAGAUUUUAAUUGUUGCCGUGCAUAAUUUGUGAUGAAUUCAAUUGGUAAUUUGGUAUAUUUUGUUAAAUGAUAUCUGGUUGAGCGGAAGUUUUUGGCCGCAUGCACACUUAAAACUCUGGGACUUAAGUCAUCAUAUUCCUAAGUAUAUUUAAUUUUUAAUUUUUUGAAAGAACAUAAUUAUUAUUAAUUUAAAAUUAACUUUCCCAGACUGUUCUUUAUCUUUAGUUUUAGUUCUGUUUAGACAAUUUUUUUUUAAUCAAUUCUUUUUUGACGGCUGUUUUUAAAAAUAUAAUAAUUUAUGGUUUGUUCUUCAUUCAUUUCAUAGUUUCUACAUAAAGUUUUUUUCAUUAAAGGUGAUCGGUUUCAUCAAUAAAUAAAUAUCUAAAACCAGAUUCUAGGUAUAGAACCCAAAUUUGUAAGAAACUAUAUUAACUAGAUGUAAAAAUUUGUUAAAACUUUAGCCUAUGUAAGAAAAAAUACAAAGAUACUAAAAUUUAAAAAAAAUGUGAUUUUGUUUGUUUAAAUUAAACAAAUAACACAAAUAUAUAUAUAUAAUAUAUAUGUAUUAGAUUAUAUCAUUUAAAAAAAAAUAAAUGUACAUUUUUUUUUUUACCAUUAA